CCUAGAUUUGGGGCUCGAGAGGGAGGGACGUGGGAACCCGAGGGUUUGAGAGAAGCGGUGGCCAUCAGGGUUUUUGGAAGCAAAUCCGAAUCUUUGCUGGAAGGAGAAAAUGGUUUACUGAAGGUGCUGAUGAUUAAUCCAUUUUCUUAGACGGAGUUGAUGCACUUCUAGCUGAAAUGUCAACUUCAAAUGAAUGUGCUUCAGAGGAGAAUGCCAUGUUAAAGUUAUCCCCAGCUCCCAAGGAAUGUCAUGAUGGCUUUGAGAUGUUAGUUAUAACUAACACCAAUGCUGCGGAUGGAUUGGCAGAAAAUAUCACUGCAAAUGGAUCAGCAGAAAACAUUAAUGCUGCAGAUGGAUCAGCAGAAAAUAUUAAUGCCACUGAUGGAUCAGCAGAAAAUGCCAAUGCCACAGAUGGAUCAGUCGAAGAUACCAAUGCCACAGAUGGAUCGGUUGAAGAAAUGAAUGCGAUAGAUGGAUCAGCAAAACUUGCCAAUGUCGUCGAUGGAUCCGUGAAAAAUACUAGUGGGAAUAGGUGAAUCAGUAAAAAAAACCAAUAUCCUGGAUGGAUCCCCUGCUCUGGAUUCUAUUAAUGCUUCACAGUUAGAUCCAAAAGUUGGUAUGACGUUUCAUUCAGAAGAAGAAGCAUACGAUUUCUACAAUUCAUAUGCAAAGAGCAAGGGUUUCAGUGUUCGGAAGGGCCAUCUUUCUCGAAGAAGAGAUGGGAGCAUACGAGAUAGCAUUAUGUUUGUAGCAAUGAAGGUACCCGUCAAGAGCAUCGUACGCAUAUAACUAAGAAGCCACGCCCCCUUGAGAGAACAAACUGUCUGGCUCGUAUUGAAUUCAAAGUGAAUCGUGAUAAUGUAUGGAUAGUAAAUAAAUUCAUUGAUGAACAUAAUCAUCCAUUAGCAAGCCCCAAUAAGGUACACAUGUUAAGGUCUCACAGAAAGAAGCUGCCUGUUCAACGUGCAGUCUUUACUGAAGCAGAUUACUAUUAUGGAAUAAAACAUUCUCUGCUGCAAGAUUUUGAGUCAGAGGAUUUUCAUGGUACAGAAGAUACUGGACUUGUUUUGAAGGAUCAAUGCAACUGUUUGAGCACAAAAAGAAUAAGAGAUCUUGAGAAGGGAGAUGCUCAGUUUCUUUUAGACUAUCUGAAAGCUAAGCAGUCUGAGGAUCCAUCAUUUUUUUAUUGCAGUACAACUUGAUGAAAAGGAAAGAUUGACCAACUUCUUCUGGGCAGAUGCACGAUCAAUAAUUGAUUAUGCCUACUUUGGUGACGCAGUCCUGUUUGAUACAACCUACCGGACAAGCAGGUUUGACAUACCCAUUUGCACCAUUUAUUGGCAUAAACCAUCACAAGCAGAUUGUUAUUUUUGGUGCUGCAUUACUUUUAGAUGAAACUACAGAAUCAUUUGUUUGGCUAUUUAAAACAUUUUUGGCUGCAAUGUCUGCAAGGCAACCGAAGACAAUUUUUACAGAUUGGUGUGCUGCAAUGUCAAAGGCAAUUACUAUAAGUUUACCUGACACAUGUCACAAGCUUUGUUUAUGGCAUGUAGUUCAAAAUGUUCCAAAACAUUUAAACAGUGUCUGCAGUCGCGAGCCUAACUUUCAGAAGGAGUUCGAAAAUUGCAUAUAUGGAGGUGUCUCUGAAGAUGAUUUCCAUAAAAGAUGGGAUAACUUGAUCUCUAAGUAUGGUCUUGCAACUAAUUCAUGGUUAAAAGACUUGUAUGCAGUUAGAGAGAAAUGGGCUCUGGCUUAUUGUAAUUCAUUCUGUGGUACCAUGACAACAAAGCAAUGGGCCGAAAGCAUGGACAAUCUCUUCAAGAUUCAUUUCUAUAGGAAACUGCCCCUUUCAAAAUUUAUUAUGCAGUAUUUUAAGGCAUUGGUUCAACUUCGUGAGGACGAGCUUGUUGAAGAUUAUGAAUCCAGGCAAACUAAGCCAGUUUUAUUGGUCGAUAUACCUAUGCUAACUGAAGCAGCAGAAUCCUAUACAAGAAUGGUGUAUAUGGACUUUGAAUAUGAAUACAAGAGCCAACUUGCUUGUCUUUGUGAACCUGUUGGUACGGAUGGUACAGUGUACACUUUCAAAGUUUCUGUUCCCCAAAAGCAGAGUAGUGGGCAUGUUGAAUUUAACCUAUCCAAUGCUACAGUCACAUGCAGCUGUAAAAAGUUUGAGUCAAUGGGUUUUCUGUGCAUGCAUGCAUUAAAAGUUCUUAACAACAACAACAUUCUUAUCUCCCACCUCGGUACAUACUGAAGAGGUGGACAAAAUAUGCUAAGGAUGGGCCACUGUCUGAUGGACAUCAAUCUGUGGUUGACUCUCAUCUUCAAGAAUCCUUGUCGCUCCGAUAUAGCCGUGUUUGCCAUAAGGCGAUUGCUGUUGCGGUAAAAAGUGCAUUAUCAAAAGAUGCACUUGAUAUUCUUGAGCAUGGACUUGAUAGAUUGAUUGCAGAAAUGGAAAAUUUGCUGCAUAAUUCUUCAUUAAAUGAACAAAGAGAGGAUGUGAAUGUUGAUGACAAUAUGCAGCAUAACACAUUAGAUGCGAGUAACAUUUGUUUUGACGGUUUUGAGUUUACUGCUAGAUGAGCUUAACCUGUUGUAAUGCCUCUGUGCCCAUGCUGGCUGAAGCAAUAUCCCCCCUAUUAGUUAUUUACAUGCAGCAGAACUCGUUUGUUUGAUUGUUUUGACAAAUGCAUUUUAUAACCUUGAUAGGGGUGUCCUUACAGCUGUGUGGUCCACUUGGAUUGUGUAAAAUUUAAGAUGUUGUGUGUCCAUAAGUAAUUGAGUUGUUAAAGUGUUUGUUCAUGUUAGAUGCCUGACAAUCUUAUCAGAUCUUUUGCAAAAUGCCUAAUUUUGUUGUAAGUUCUUGGUUUUGGCA